UGCUCCUUCCUUAGUCUUCUUAUUCAAAGGGUCCCACCACAUCAAAAGAGCCGACGGUUUCUGUCGCUACUCGGCGAGCGAUCUCUAUCCCUACCGUGCCCUUGUUAACACCACGGUAAAUCUUAUUUAGAUGCAAGGAGAAUUUCACGUUUAGUUGUUGGUAUUAAUCUGUGUUCAGACACCUUGCCAAAUUAUUAGGCAUCAUUUACCAAACAGACCUUCCAAAAUCUUUGGGAGAUCUAUUGUAAGUGACGCCUUACACAUAUUUUUAUUAUAAAGGUUGGUGGUGUACUUUGUACUUAAUUGGGCAGAAGCUUUCUACCUUUAUGUUAUUUUGCGACGCAUGAGUAAAUCGCAAAAUCCCCGCUGGGUUCCCUUACUACUAUAUUUCCAAAUAAGAAAUUCUGUAAGAAAAUUUUAAAAGAUUAUCAAGAUAUUCCUUUGUAGCAAUUUAAAAAAAAUUUCCCCUGUAGAAAUAUAAUAGUAUAUUUAUCUCAAAACGGGAGAUUUUGGCAUGCUCAGCACUACUUUAAUGUAUAUUACUACGUGAUAUCUAUUUUAUUUUCUAUAAUUGAAGGAAAUUUUGAAGUUACAUGAGACAAUGGCAAUCGAACAAAACAAAUUAUGGAAAAUAAUUUCAUUUGUGAACUUUUUAUGUUUUUUCUUUCUGUAUUUUUAGACUGCCGGGGUAGUGUUGCCUGGAACUGUAUAUAUUUUUAGUAGACAGAGUCUUAAAAUCCUGGAAUACCAGAUGGACAACCUCCUAAUCAUCAGAAACGUUUUAGUUACAUUAAAAAAAUGCGAAGGAUAUAAAAAAAUAUUUUCAACGCGUUAUAACAAAUUUAUUUUGAUCAGGAUGAUGGAAUCGAUUAUGUGUAUGACUUGCAACAGACUGACGAAGUUGUUACAGGUCCUGGAGCGAUUAGCAAUUCGAUCGCGGGGAUUUUGGGCGGGGCUCUUCCGAAACUAUCUUCAGACCAAACAGAAUCCGUGGCUAAAGCUAAGAAAUACGCCAUGGAACAGAGCGUUAGAAUGGUUUUGAUGAAGCAAACCAUCGCCUAUCAGCAACAGAAAAACAAGACCUUCCAAAGGCACCAAGUGCUGGUUUUGAUGUGCAGAGUCUACGUUGGAUCGAUCAGCUUCGAGCUCAAGGAGGACACGAUCCGGCAAUCGUUCCUGCCCUUCGGCCCCAUCAAGUCCAUCAACAUGUCCUGGGAUCCCGUCACACAAAAGCAUAAAGGUUUCGCUUUUGUGGAGUACGAAAUCCCAGAGGCGGCGCAACUGGCGCUCGAACAGAUGAACGGGGUGAUGAUCGGAGGGCGGAACAUCAAGGUAAAUGUCGUGGGCAGGCCUAGUAACAUGCCUCAGGCGCAGGCCGUCAUUGACGAGAUACAGGAAGAGGCCAAGCAGUACAACCGAAUAUACGUGGCGUCGAUCCACCCUGAUCUCAGCGAGGUUGAUAUAAAAAGUGUUUUCGAGGCAUUUGGCCCCAUCGUUUACUGUAAAAUAGCGCAAGGUCCAACAGGAAACAAGCACAAAGGCUAUGGCUUUAUUGAGUAUGAAAGCGCUCAAGCAGCCAAUGAAGCUAUAGCCAGUAUGAACCUGUUCGAUUUGGGCGGACAAUAUUUAAGGGUUGGGAGAGCUAUAACUCCUCCCAACGCGCUCCUAGGACCGUCGACAGGAUCAAACGCUCUGCCUACAGCCGCCGCAGUAGCAGCUGCGGCUGCUACAGCAAAGAUACAGGCUAUGGACGCUGUAGCUAGUAACGUAGCUGCGUUAGGCUUAUCCAAGCUAGCACAACCGGCCACUACGUUACCACUAAUACCUCCUAGUCCGGGCGUUGUCACGCCCUCUCCAGGCUUUGCUCCGCCUACAUUAGCUAAUAUCGGGGCACCGGGCGUGGCCAUACCCACGGUAGCGCCCGUUGUACCGCCCAUAGGCUUGGCGAUACCGCAGAAAGUAGGGAAUAAUAUACAGCCGGCUAUAGUGCAGCCUAUAGCCACGGUUCCUGCGUCUAUACCGAUACCGCCGGUGUCUAAUCAAACGACGGUGAGCCAUCAACAAGAAGCUAUGAAGAGAGCUGCAGAGGCUCAACUUAAGCAACAAGAGGAGUUACAGAAGAAAUUGUUGGAUCAUAGUGAGCCACAGACGUUGCAGCAACAAGAAAAUAUGUCAAUCAAGGGACAGAACGCUCGACAUUUUGUGAUGCAAAAGUUAAUGAGGAAAGUAGAUUCGCGAGUAGUAAUUUUACGAAACAUGGUCGGUCCUGAGGAUGUGGACGAAACGUUGCAAGACGAAAUACAGGAAGAAUGCAGCAAAUAUGGUCAGGUCGAAAGAGUGAUUAUAUACAAGGAAAGACAGAGUGAAGAAGACGAAAAUGACGUUAUAGUGAAAAUAUUCGUUGAAUUUUUCGAACCUUGGGAAGCGAUAAAAGCACGCGACGCCUUAGACGGCCGAUACUUCGGCGGCAGAAUGGUCAGAGCCUCGAUAUAUGAUCAAACGCUGUUCGAUCAUAGUGACUUUUCGGGGUGAACUACAAACAUUUAUCUAAUUUAUUGUGAUCGACUGUGCUGUUUCUACUGUGUAGGACGCGAACAAACUUGAAUGAAAACACUAUUUUAAUAAAAGUUAAGUGUACAAAUUAUCGUUCUUUUUUAUCGUUUUUUGUUAAGAAAAACUCUGCAGGCAUUUAGACCUAUUUUCAUGAUCUUUCAAGUUUCCUGGAGAAUUCCUACGAUUAAAAAAUAAUAAAAUGUUUAUAUAUAACGUUCUCUGAUUUUAUUUCGUAAAUAAACUUACUGAUUUUUAAAA